AUGUCAAGCAAGGAUAAAGAAAAAGAAAAAGAUAAAGAUAAAGAUGCAAGUCAGAGCAAUGGUCACCAUCUAAAGGAGAAAGAGAUAGAUCUAGCGGUGUUGGAGUAUCUCAAGAAGCGAGGUUACUCCAACUCUGAGAAUAUAUUUAAACAGGAAUCGAAUGUCGUAGAUAUCAGACGUGGUGAGACUGCAUCGAUUGAACUCGACCAAUCGAAUAUCGCUCAGUACCUGUUGUUCUAUAAUCAACAGGAGUAUCUGAACCCACAGAAGUAUCUAGAGUCCUACGAGAAACUGAGGAAUUGGAUACAUCUGUCACUCGAUAUCUACAAACAAGAGUUCCUCUCUAUUCUCUACCCUAUAUUCGUACAUUGCUACAUAGAUCUAAUAUCAAAAGGUUAUCCUAAUGAAGCAUUUGAAUUAAUGGAGAAACUAGGACCUGAACAUGAAGAUUUCUACGACGAUGACUUAAAGCUAUUGAGAGUUACAAAUACAAGACCAGGUUUAAUAGAUGAUGAAUCAUUGUCAGGUCAAUCUGAAAUCGAUACGAGUGGAGUAAACUCUACACCUAUAAUGACUGGUCUAUUCAAGACAGAGGAAGAUGAAGACUCUGUUGAGGAUGAAAAAAAGAAGUUAAAGAAAAAGAAAACAAGAGAAGAUGCCGAGAGAAUGAGUAGAUCGAAAUCAAAUGUACCUUUACCUAAAUUUAGUGACGCCUUUGAAACAGAGUUAAAUAAUGAUAUAUCAAGAUGUGUAACAUUAUCAUCAUCUUCAUUACCAUCCAUUUGUUGUUAUACUUUCUUUAAUACAUAUCAAGGAUUAAAUAGUGUAGAAAUAUCAAAGGAUGCAAGUAUUGUUGUUGGUGGAUUCGAUGAUUCAUCUAUUAGAAUGUGGAAUCUAAAGGAAAUAGCAGAAAGAAAUUCAAAUAGUGGAAGCGGUACAAAAGAUAAUGUUGGUGGUGGUGGUGGUGUUGAAUCAACCUCUGCUUCGACUGGUACGAAUGCAUCUUUGUCAUUGUCGGCAUCGACAACCUCCACUGCAUCUAGCAUGCCAACAGGAAAGUCAACAUUUACACAGCAGAAAAUGGAUUCUGAAUUCCGUACAUUCAUUGGACAUUGUGGACCUGUCUAUGGCUGUUCGAUCAGUCCUGACAAUCAGUUUAUCAUGUCGUGCUCCGAAGAUAAUACCGCUCGGCUCUGGAGUCUCGAGACAAUGUCGAACCUCGUUUGCUACAAAGGUCACAACUACCCGAUCUGGGAUGUAAACUUCAGUCCAUACGGAUACUACUUUGCCACUGCAUCUCACGAUAAAACAGCACGUCUCUGGUGUACCAACUAUAUCUCACCAAUGAGAAUAUUCGCCGGUCAUCUUUCAGAUGUCAAUUGUGUGAAAUUCCAUCCAAAUAUAAAUUAUGUAGCAACAGGAUCAAGUGAUAAGUCAGCAAGAUUGUGGGAGUGUCACACUGGAAAGUGUGUGAGAAUAUUCAUGGGACAUCGUGCACCCAUUUACAGUGUAUCGAUAUCGCCAGAUGGCAAGUAUUUAGCGACUGCCGGUGAAGACACCAGCAUCAUUCUCUGGGAUCUUGGAAGUGGAAAAAAGAUUAAAAAGAUGGACGGACACAACAAAACUAUUUAUUCAUUGGAUUUCAGUAUGGAUGGAUCCAUUCUUGCUUCGGCAUCGGCCGACUGCACCGUUAGACUUUGGGAUGUAAAUGCUGCCAGCUCCACCUCUACCAAUACCAACAUUGAAGAUACCGUAAGCAAAACACCAAGUAAAAAAGCAAGACUAAAACAAAAACGCAUUUCACCUGAAUUACUAGAGACUUAUCCAACAAAACAAACACCAGUAUUCAAUGUUACAUUUUCAAGAAGAAAUCUUUUAUUAUCAUCGGGACCAUAUCAAAUUGAAAAAUCACUCUUUUAA